CCCGACCUGCGGCUCCAGCUCCGGCCCGUCGGAGGUGAACGCUCUGAGGCUUCUCCCCUUGUCGCCCAGUGAGAACUAUCGCCGUCCGCGCGGCCGUGAGGAGGCUGAGGCUGCCCCUUCCCCCCGCUCCCGGCCUGCCGGCGUGGGGUGCCUCUUGUGCGCGUUUCCUUCCUCCCCGCGGAAAUAAUGAAAAAAGUGUGCCACAACUCUUGAUCAGCGACCUGAAGUUUGAGAAGUCUUUAGCUAAGCUCAUGUUUUCUCCUGAUCAAGAAAAUCAUCCAUCCAAAGCACCAGUCAAAUAUGGUGAAUUGAUCGUACUGGGGUACAAUGGGUCUCUCCCAAAUGGAGAUAGAGGGAGAAGGAAAAGUAGGUUUGCUUUAUUUAAAAGGCCCAAGGCAAAUGGGGUGAAACCCAGCACUGUGCACAUUGCCUGUACCCCUCAAGCAGCAAAGGCAAUAAGUAAUAAGGACCAACACAGCAUAUCUUACACUUUGUCUCGGGCCCAGACUGUAGUAGUUGAAUAUACUCAUGACAGCAACACAGAUAUGUUCCAGAUUGGUCGGUCAACAGAGAGCCCUAUAGACUUUGUAGUAACAGAUACAGUUCCUGGGAGUCAGAGUAAUUCAGAUACACAGUCUGUGCAGAGCACAAUAUCAAGGUUUGCCUGCAGAAUCAUAUGUGAACGUAACCCUCCAUUUACAGCAAGAAUAUAUGCUGCAGGAUUUGACUCCUCAAAAAACAUUUUUCUUGGGGAGAAAGCUGCAAAGUGGAAGACAUCAGAUGGGCAAAUGGAUGGACUAACAACAAAUGGAGUUCUUGUUAUGCAUCCUCGUAAUGGAUUCACAGAAGACUCCAAGCCAGGGGUGUGGAGAGAGAUUUCUGUGUGUGGGAAUGUCUUCAGCCUCCGUGAAACCAGAUCAGCUCAACAGAGGGGGAAAAUGGUUGAGAACGAGACGAACCAGCUGCAGGACGGCUCCCUGAUCGACCUGUGCGGGGCGACGCUGCUGUGGCGCACGGCCGAGGGGCUGGCGCGCACGCCCACCGUCAAGCACCUGGAGGCUCUGAGGCAGGAGAUCAACGCGGCCAGGCCCCAGUGCCCCGUGGGCUUCAACACCCUGGCCUUCCCCAGCAUGAAGAGAAAAGAUGUUGUAGACGAGAAGCAGCCGUGGGUGUACCUGAACUGCGGCCACGUGCACGGCUACCACAACUGGGGGAACAAAGAGGAGAGGGACGGCAAGGACCGCGAGUGCCCCAUGUGCCGCUCCGUCGGCCCCUACGUGCCGCUGUGGCUCGGCUGCGAGGCGGGGUUUUACGUGGAUGCCGGACCUCCCACUCACGCGUUCAGCCCCUGUGGACACGUGUGCUCAGAAAAGACAACUGCAUAUUGGUCCCAAAUUCCUCUUCCUCACGGUACUCACACUUUUCACGCGGCCUGUCCCUUCUGCGCGCAUCAGCUGGCUGGUGAGCAGGGUUACAUCAGGCUCAUUUUCCAAGGGCCUCUUGACUAACACAGGUGUUCCCGAGGACUGCAGUAAACUGAUAAGCUAAGCGAUUCUCAUUUUUAAACCGACUGUUUUUCGUAUUCUCUGGGCUUUGCUGGUUUGCAUUAAGAUGAAGAAUUUUUUGGUUUUUUUGUUACAACAGCUAAAUCCCUCUUUAUUGUGAAAAGUCUGGAAAUAGAAGAAAUGGGGGGAGAAUGGGGAGACCUCUUGCUUUUUUUGGUUAAUAACUACUUCUGAAGAGGUGAAGGAAAUGUUGUAGAGUGAACUUCAAUGCCUUCAGUGUAAUGGUUUUUGAAUCACAUGCCCACAGUGUUUGAAAGGUGUUUCAUUCUUUUUGUAUAUGGAGGGUAAAUAGUUCAAAGAACAUUGGUUUACAGCUUGGAUGCGAACAUUGUAAAAUAUAACAUGUAUAUUAACUCUUUUCUAUUUAUCUUUAUUAUUGAAAAUAUUUAGAAUGUUUAGAGAGUAGUAUGGUCAUAGUGUGUUACAUCCAGCAAUUGGAUGUGUAGAGUAGUUCUGGAUGGAGAAGAACGUGGGAUGAAAAUGGUAGAAAAAUCUUUUAAUCUAAAAUACUGAGUUCUUAGAAUAGUUAAAAUGCUUUUUAAACAAAGCUAAUGCAAAUUAUGAUGGCAUAAAGUUGUGCUUUAACCGUGUUGAAAGGUAGCUAAGAAGGACUCCUUAAAAUGUCUUUUUGGUAGGACUGUACUUAAGAUCUGGUUAUGAGGAGAAUAUUUACCAGACUCUUCGAAUAUGCAACUUAGUCUAGAUUAAGGAUUUUUUUCUCCCUUCACGCUAACACUUCUCUUUAUUUAGCAUUAGUGACAUUUGUGAGGGUUUUUCCAAUGUUAAACAUGAACAGAUCAGAAAGAUGAGGCUUGUUCUGUUCCUUGCUGUUUGGGGGUGGGCACAGGGGAGAGGUGGAUGCACCUGGGCAUGUGUGUGGGGAGCAGUUUGUGACUUGGCCACAGUCCCAGCCUGAGAGGGGUUUGUCAGCUGGAUGCUCAGCAGCCUUCCACCUGCUGACUGGUGGGGAGGCCUCAGGCCUGGCCUUUGCCCCUCUGCCAGGUGCAGAUGUUCAUCUGGGCCACAGGUGGGACAGAGGUGGAGCCUGGUAGUCAGGGGAGGAGUCCCUGCAUCCUUGGGCAGCUGGGCACAGCUGGCAGUCUGUUGGGAGAGCUGGGCUGGGCUCAGACCCUCACUGGGAGAUGCUGCUGUGGGCUCUGCUUUCUCUGGUCUCUGCUCUCCUCUUCUCCCCCUCCUUCCCCUCUGGAUCCACCAGAAAAGACCAGUGUACUACAUGCAGCUCUGCUGCCAGCCCACUGUGCUUCAUGGCAGCCUGACCUUUUUAGCAUUGAUUUGAGCUUUUUUGGCCAGCUUCGUACAUUUUUUUCAAAUAUGUACUGUAUAAUUGACAGUAAGAAAAUUUCUGUACUUUAUAGCAAAGCUUUUGUUUUUCUUUGAAGCUCUUCUAAAAUUUUCUUUGUUUAAAGAGACCUGUGUUGCUUAGAUGUCAUGAAUUACUUACUUUGACUGUCAAUUAUUUCUCCAUUUUUAAAAAGAAAUUAUAUAUAUUGUUUGGUUCACUCAGGAAAUGCAUGUGUCAGGAAACCUGUACUAUAAGUUCAGUUAGCUGUCAUGUACAAGUAACUGCUGUUACUCCCUUUCCAUAGAAAUAUAACUGAUUUUGACAUUUUCCAGAUUAUAUGCAUUAAGUCAUGAAACUUAUGCAGCAAGAAAUCCCUGUAUUGUAGUUGUUCUAAUCAUCUUAUUCAAACUAUAGUAUACUGUAGUUUUAAUUUUUAUUUGCAAAUUAAUUUAUUUAAACUACGUGAGUAAACACUUUUCAAAACCAGAAAUUCUGGGAUUGUGGCUUUGUUUUCAAGAGAUGGGAAAGGGCUGGAGAUGGCCCUUCUGUUGUCACCUCAGGUGUCCCUCUGUUCUGCACAUAUGGAUUAAGAGCACAGAGAAGCAGCAGCUGUAAAGACUUUGGAUGUUUUCCCUGGUAAUGGCUUUGAAUGGCUCCUUUCAGAUGUGUCCUCUCAAUGUGUUUUAUAUUUAACUCUGUGUUAAAGGUGAGAUUGCUGUUUAAAUGACACACUUAAAUGAGUAAGUUACAGAUACUGAAAUGUAAGCAAAAACUGAACUAAAUUUUAAAAUGACAAAGAGCUCUUGAUUGUGUCUUCCACAAAGUCUAAUUGACAUUUCUCUGGUCCUGAUCUUGUUGACUACAGGAACAUGAAAAACCAGAAAAGAACAUGAUGAAAGCUACAAAGCAGUAUGAGUAACACAGAGCUGAACUGUGAGCACAGAUGGAGCACAGGAUGGUAGGAGGAAUAUGGGAAGUGCUCUUGGAGGCCCAGCUGGAGGCAGAGCCAGGGGUGCACUUGGGUACAGGCACACCUAACUGCAGAGGGGAAGAGGAGGGGCUCAUGCCCCACAUGCAGCCCUUGUU